UACCUGUGUGUGUGUUUCAGGACAGGAAGUGUGUACUGCACGUACUUACCUGUCAGCUCGAUAACUGUGGUCUCCCUGGGAGACACCAGCUCGGCCCAGCCUCCUCCUCCUGCUCCCAUCAUGCACCUGGGUGAGUGGGCUCUGAGCAGCAAGCAGAGGUGCACUGUGGGACAGGUCAAAGGUCACGUGGUGUGUUUCCUGUUCCUGCAACUGCAGUGGAGCUGCUCGCUGUGUGGCAGCGUGUACACACAGGGCUGCAGCAGCUCUCAGUGUCACUCGACCUCGUCAGUGUUUCAGUCCACAGCAAAGCUGGUGAUUGAUGACGGGACAGGUGAGGCUCACGUCUGGUUCUCAGCUGCUCUGGUUCGUGCUCUGCUGGGAUUGGCUGAUGCUCAGUGGGAGGGGCUUCAGAGAGCACUCAGGGUCAGAGGUCACAUCAGAAUCUUCCCUCGUGGGCAGAGCCAGGUGUGUGACGGGGACGCUGACGACUUCCUCCUCCACUUCCUGUUGUGUCUGUGCAGCAGUGAUGUCAUGAUUCGGCCGCUCAGCCUCACCUGCAGGAAACGCACCAACCAGAGACCAGAAGAGGUGAGGAGGUUCACUCGAGGAGACAGAGAGUUCCUGACCAGACUGGCUCCUCCCCUUCAGCUCACCUGUCUCCACCUCCACCCUGACUGA